UUUAAUCGGGCAGCCUUUCUUUUUUUUUACAUAUAUGAACAAACGUUCAAAAUUAUUUUAAUACGGACAGAACCCAACAAAAAUCUGUUUCGCGGUCUACGGACGCCGCUUUUGCUAAGAAUAUUGACAAAAAAUAAUAAGACCGAACAAAUUUUAAUAAACAGACAAGCAAACAAACAAAACUUUUUCGAGAACACAACUUAUUUUAGCAUCUGAUAGUUAAAAAUUUUAGUUAAACUGUAUAUUGCCGCCCAAUCGAACGAAUUUGACCAAUAGACGGAUUAUAAUCGUUAUAAUAAUAAUAAUUAUAGUCAAUAGCACAGAAUGCAAACAUUAAGAAUAUUAGUGCGAUGCUUGAAGGACCGAAAGAUUCUACAGAAUCAGAAGUGCGUGAAGCCCGCUCGCCGAUUCACGAGCAGCAGCAGCCUGCCAAACUUUAUAUUGGUUGAUAUGGAGGAGCAGGAUGAUAUGGAGACCGAUGAUGAUAUUGGCAUCCAUCCGGUCUAUCCAAUACUGGGCAAUCGUUACUCGGAUCUCUUCUAUAUGCCGCACAGCGUGGGACCGGCCUAUCAGGAUCUAUUCACCACCGCCGAUCAAUUUGAUGUGAGUAAAUAUCACAAUUCGAUCGGCUGGAACGGCAUCAAGCCGAUCCGAGCGCAGGUGGUGCGCUGUCCCAAGCUGCUAUUGAGCCACAUGAAGCGACUGUUUACCAUUCCGUGUUCCAAAUUCAAGGAUCCCGGCAAUUUCAGCAUCUUCAAUUUGUACUUUGACAGCGAUGUGAAUAGCGCCAUCAAGGCAUUCGUACUGAUUGCCUCGCAGUAUUCCGUGGAGUUUAUGCAGGAUGGCUAUUGGUCGGACUUUGUGAAUCCAUUUACGGGUCGUGCCUACUUCCGGCCAGCGACACGACGCCCCAUUAGUUCUGUGAAUCAGCCGCGCUGUUUGGGCCACAACAUAUUCUUCAAGGACAUCCACGGCUGCACCGUCAUCAAGGAGGCCAAGAAAUGCACCUUUGCCGGCGCCAUCUUCAGCGAUGUGCCUGUCAACUACUUUGACUGAAAACCCGCAGCCCCAAACCAGCCACAGCCAACGAUCACAAAUCACCAACCCAUCUGACACACAUAGAGACGAUUUACAUUUUUAUACCACACUUCCACGAGCAAAUUUUGUACAUGUCUUGGUUAAUUGUCUACAUUGAAGCUUCUUUAGAGUUUGUGCACAUCAAAUUAGAAAUAUAAGUUUAUUAAAUCGAUCA